AUGGACCAUGCGACAGCCUGGAUCUCGCACGCCAUGAGCCGAAGCCUCUCAAGGUUAAAGCACUCUGGCACGCUGACCACCCUGGAGUCAUCAGAAUCCUUCUGUUUCCAGGGUGCUCCCGCAACGCAGUCGGUGGCACCUUCCAGCGGGCGUGGUUUGUCGGAAAGGUCCGUGGAACAUCUACAGGCCCUUGAAGAUUUCCUGGAGGAUGUGGAACAGGACCCGGAAAGCUUCGUAGAGGAGAUUGAGUCGCUCCGGGCCAUGAUGGAACGAACCGAAAGAACACUGCACGAGCUGAGCCAGGCAUCUCAAGCCAUCUCGGAGGAGAUUUGGUCAGAGCGAGUCUAG